AUGCCUUCAUCGGCUAAUCAAAGUUCUCUGUCUUUUGCUUCUUUUCGUCGCCCAAUUUUGGGUAUUAGAGAUGAUCAUAUUCACUCCAUGGAAGCAAUCCAUGAUUCUAGUGCUCAAGAGGUGGAUUCGUUUCAGAGACAUGUUUUCUCCCAGUUCAAGGAUCUCUCUGCAGUUAGUCCUGAGGAACUUCUCUCCAUAUCAUGGAUUCAGAAGCUUUUAGAUGCAUUCAUUAGCUGUCAGGAGGAGUUUAAAGUUAUAUUGGCAAACAACAAAGCUCAGCUCUCAAAACCUCCUGCAGAUAGGCUUGUUACUGAAUUCUUUGACCGGGCAAUUAAGGCACUAGAUAUUUGCAAUGCAAGUCGCGAUGGUAUUGAGAAGAUUCGACUAUGGCAGAAGCAUUUAGAUAUCAUUACAUGUGCUUUGGAUGAUCGACAAAGGAUGACAGGUGAAGGUCAAUUUCGUCGAGCAAGAAAAUCCUUGAUGGAUUUGGCACUUGUGAUGCUAGACGAGAAAGAUACAGGAGGUGUUUUUUCAAAUCGAAAUCGGUCGUUUGGACGCCAUAAAGGUAAGGAUCGUCAUAACCGUUCAUCUGGGCACUCAAGAUCACUAUCUUGGAGUGUGUCUCAUUCUUGGUCGGCAUCAAAGCAACUCCAGUCAAUUGCGAACAAUCUGGCUCUUCCCCGUGGAAAUGAACUUGCAGCUACUAAUGGUUUGGCAAUGAUAAUCUAUACUAUGAGCUUUGUUCUUAUGUUCGUUUUAUGGGCUCUUGUUGCAGUAAUCCCUUGCCAAGACCGUAGUAUCCAAAUUCCUUUUGCAAUCCCACGACAAUUCUCGUGGAGUGCACCAUUUUUCUUGCUUCAUGGUCGGAUUAUGGAUGAGUCUAAAAAAAGAGAACAUCGAAAUUCUAGUGGAUUGUUGAAGGAAAUUUGUCAAAUAGAGAAGUGUGUGCAUCAGAUAACAGACUUGGUUGAUUCUGCUCAGUUUCCACUAACAGAGGAACAGAAGGAAGACGUGAAAGAGUGUGCACGCGAGUUAUCGUUAGUUUGUGAAGUUUGUAAGAGUGGAUUGGAUCCACUUGAACGCCAGUUAAGGGAGUUGACACCAGCAUAUUUCAAGGGAAGAAGUCAGAUUGUGAUCGACAAGAAUAAUUUUAGCAGGUGGUUUCAUGACUUUCAAGUGUGGACCUCUUAA